AUGAUAAAGGGUAAGCAGCUUAGCAUGAUCCAGAGGGAGUACUUGACUAGCAGAGUAACUGUUGCUGAAAUAGAUAAAGCUUUGCAGGACAUUGGAGAUCUUAAAGCCCCUAGUGCAGACGGGUUUGGUGCAAAAUUCUUUAAGUCCUGUUGGCACUUUAUUCAGGCUGAUGUCUUGGCAUCUGUGAUGGAAUUCUUUGAGAAGAAUAGAAUUUUUAGCCCUUUCAAUAAAAUUGUUAUUACUUUGAUCCCCAAACAUGACCAAGCCAAAGGAGUGAGGGAGGAUUCAGCUUGUCAAAAGCAUUCCUUUGCUAUAACUCAGUUUUGGUUACAAUGCUUACCUCUUCCCAAAUUUGUACUAAAGAAAAUAGAUGCCUUAUGCAAAUCUUUCAUUUGGAAUGGUACUCAUGAGAUUAGUCGUAAGAGCCCUGUGGCCUGGAAGAAAUUUUGUAGCCCUAUGAAUCAGGGUGGUUUGAAUGUGAUUAACCUGGCUGUUUGGAAUAAGGUUACCAUGCUCAAGUGUCUUUGA